AUGAACCAGUCAUGGCAGUACACCCGGCAGGGCAUGCUCAGCGAGACACUCGAGAAGGUCGAAGGGCCCAUUCCCACGCCGGCGAGCGAGGAGAUUGUCGUCCGCGUCAAGGCCAUCUCGCUCAAUCCCAUCGACUACAAACUGGCAAGCUUCCCUGCGUACAUCCGCCGAGGGAUGGGCGCCAGACCGUAUGGCGAGCCAAGCGUGCCUUGCUUUGAUUUUGCGGGUGUCGUACAUUCGGUCGGGAGUGGCGCAGGGGAGUGGACGGAAGGCGAAGAGGUCUUUGGGCGGAUUGUACGAAGUGCAGCAUCUGGCAGUAUGCAGAGAUAUGUCGCCGUUUCCUCUUCGACAGCCAUGACCCGCAAGCCGGCUGGCCUGUCAUGGGAGCAAGCCGCCGCGAUACCUUUGGUGUAUAUGACGGUGUACGGCUGUCUCGUCAACAUUGGCCACCUGCCCUUCAAGCCUACCGAGCAGGAGAAGGGGAAGAGGAGCGUGCUUAUCUUGGGAGGAUCGGGCGGGGCGGGGACACAGGCGAUCCAGCUGGCCAAAGCGAUGGGACUCAAUGUGGUCACUACGUGUAGUAAGAGCAGCGAUGAGAUGGUCAAGAAGCUUGGAGCGGACGAGACCAUCGAUUACCGGACGGAGAAUGUUGGGAAGAAGGCAACAACUUCAAAGUAUGCCCCAUUUGCGGUCGUACUGGACUGUGUGGGAGGGACCGACGCCAUCCCGUACAUGGACCAGCUCCUCCUGGAAGAUCCCAAGCAUCCCGAAUUGGGGGUCUACGUGUCCAUUUCCGGAGACUUACCACCUCACGAACCCAUGCAGCUCGGCUCAGCCAUCAUGCAUGUCGGCCGCCAAACGCUCCGUGGCAUUCGAGGCUCGCUGAACCCUUAUAUCCCCUCAUGGUUCCCCCUCCGCCCAUGGUUCGCCAACAAGCGAUAUCAAUUCUACCUCUCUGUGCCUGAACGGAGGAUGAUGGAGACUGUCCCGGCGUUCCUGGAGCAUGCCAAGGAGGUGCUUGUUGACGAGGUAUUUGAUUUCGAGGUGACGCUCGAAGGAGGCUUUCGCUAA